AUGGAUGGGGAAGACUCACAGCUGCCGACAGCUGUGACUUUCUGGAUCCAGACUUUCGCUUUACCUUUGUCGUGCGUCAUGUUCAAGGUGGGGAGCGGCUGCAGCACAGAUUCGGCUGCGUGCGACUGCGAUGGCAAUGUGACCCCAGAUGUCCACGGAUUUCUCGUGUACACUGACCCCAACCUUGUGCCAGUGAACGGCUCCACGAAAUCUUCGACCACAAGACUCCUCGCAGGUACAUAUCGGCUCUGCUGGUGGCGCUUCGAGGUCUCUGAGGCGCAGUAUGUCGAAGAGAGUGAUUUUCUCACUGGCACCGGUUUGUUGGUGGUGCGUGGUCCUUUCCCCAAUCAGUCCUCCGAGUGCUACGUCGGAGCGCAGUGUGUUGUAGUCGGUUUACAAGGGGCGAAGCUUGCGCAGGAUGACUUGUUGUUGCCAAUGCAGCUGUGCGGCACCCCUAACAUGUCUUCUGUGUUUCCAAAUCCACAGCCUAUCUCCGCUGCCUUCACCGAAUCCCAUGAGCUCGUCUUUGAUUUCGGUGUGCUGCCAACGAACACAAGCCCGGAGAAGCUUCAGUUGUGCUGGUGCGCGUCGAGAUCGAGUUGCAUUUUGCUAGAGGAUUUUCGUGCAACGGCAAUGACGUUGGAGGUGGUUUGCCCUCCUGGCACCUACGAGCUGCUAAGCAUCGAUUUGCAGUGCCAGGAGUGUCCGCCGGGCUAUUUCUGUCCAGGUGGUCAGACAGCCGAGUUGCGGCAGUGCCCCGAAGCCCGAACUUCCCCUCCCCGCUCCAGCGCUGAGGGGCAUUGCCAGUGCCGCCGCGGCACCUACUGGGAUGCGGAGUCCGGCUCCUGCCGUCCAUGCCUCAUUGGCUCCUACAAGAAUCGGACCGGCGGAACCGAGUUCUGUCAAAGUUGCCCGGUCGGAACGACAACACUAGACACUGGGGCCAUAGCACUGCAUGAGUGCUACUGUGCAAACAAUUACUUGGACAUGAACCUUGACCCAGAAAGGUUUGAUUGCACAGAGCAGGCAAGUCCAUCACUUUUGAGUGCCCAGGUGCAGAUCAUGAAUCACUGGAUGUGCCCAGACAAGUUGAAGCGCACGUCUUCUCUGGCACUCUUGAAGGGACUUGCACGUGUAUCCUUGGCCCUAUCGGCCGCCAGUGGGAGACUCGACUACGAGAUCACAAGCUCAGACGCAGAGCUCGCGACCGAGCUGCAUGCAAAGUUUGAUCAGGCCCAGUUGGAGGCCUCGCAGAUUGCCGAUGUCCCCAUGGCACAGAAGCUGCAGGCGGCAGCUGCCAAGCGUGCCCCACAGGUUUGUGGCACCGGCUCUUUCUGCCACGGCGGAGAUCACCGAGAGGCCUGCCCACUCUCCACAUCCACGUUGGUCUUGACAGCGAGCAGUGUGGCGGACUGCGUCUGCGCCGCAGGGCACUUCGGCUUCGAGGUUUGCGAAGAGUGCCCAGCCGGCCGUUUCAAAGACCUGGUUGGCCAAGGUGAAUGCUCGCCCUGCCCGAUAGGCACCUGGAGCAAUGUCACGGGAGCUGUCUCAGAUGGACCGUGCACUCCAUGUGUCAGCGGAUCGACCACGGAGUUCACUGGGUCCUGGACCGAAGAUCUCUGCAUCCGCCCGCACGGCGAGCAGCGUGUUGAUUGUACCACUGGAGCAGGUUGUGAAGUGCAGAUCGACGGGUUCAAUCUGCAAGAUGGGCAUCGCCUCCUCAUAUCCCAAACCGACUGUGGUGGCAGAAAGGUUGCAGUGCUGGGCGUAGCCGACACAGGCAUGUCUGAAGCUGCGAGCGAGGACGGCAGCCUGUAUGCAUUCAGUGACUUUGUGCCGUUUGCUGGGAACUACCAUUUGUGCUGGUGCGCCAACAUGAAUGACUUGGCCUGUGUCGAAGAGGAGGACUUCCAAAUUUCUGCCGGUGACCUGCGAGUUCUCGGACCCUUCGGAAAUCAGAAGUUCAGUUGCGUCCGCGGCCGGGACUGCACAGGCUUUCAGGUGCAAGGUAUUGGGCUGUCUCAAGGUCGCCGAGUGGCGGUGCGAAGCGAUUGUGGUACUGAAAGUACACUGCACCUUUCGCCAGCCAAUCCGGACGGCUCCGGCCUCUUGCAGGGUGUUGAGCAAUUCACCUUGGACUUCGGCUCAUCGCAAGAUGGCAUCGAUCACAGCGUAUCUCUCGAUGAGAGCGAGGGCUACACUCUCUGUUGGUGUGGAGUCUGGCCUUGCGAUCCCCAGGAUUUCGUGGUUCCCUUCGGCCAGCUGGUCGUGGAAGGUCCUCGAAAAAACCAAGAGGUCAGCUGUGCUGCUGGACAGCCGUGUGCCUUGACAGAGAUCUUGGGCCAGCUGAGGCCUGGCGACAGGAUCAUGGUUCUGGCUGCAUGUGGAACCGGUUCGGCCAUUUCAGGCUUCCCCGGUGGUGGAAUCGCUGAGGUUGUUGAUCUGCCAGAACAAGCCGCUCGGUACAAGGUGGCUACCUCCAAAUGA